CAAUGGUUGCAUGCUAUUGUUAAUUUUCAUUUAGUUACACGAAAUGGUUUGAUGAUGAAGUUGUUGCUACGCUGCCGUUGUCUUGCCAAGAAGGUAAGAGUGCUUUGCAUUCCCUCGUGUAAAUACCAUAAUUACACUUUGCACCGUUUGUGUCAUAAGAAAAUGCAACUAUUAUAGGCACGGGUUUGUUGUGCUGAACUACGUUGAUUUUAAAAAGUGUUGCCAUGUUGGUGUUUCGUGCUGUUGUUACCGACUAUUUUCAAUUCAGAUAUCAUUUUUCAUAACACGUCUUCCAAUAAGAGUUACACGACGUAAAGAAUUGAUCUGCCCGCCGUGUGCAUGUACGUUUCUCAGCAAAGAACUGGCGGGCAUUUGAAAAUCCAGUUCACAUUGGCAGUGGCGUAGCCAGCCCGACAAUUAGUCCCGCUAUGCAAAUUCAAAAUUAUUAUCAUUCAUUUCUUUCGAAAUUGAUCGUUUUCACAGUCAAUGAACACGAAAAUAUUUGCGCUACUGCACAUUGGUGCUCGAGCCCAUCUACAGUACAUUUCAAGACUCUCGAUAUGAUAUACGGUAUGUCAUAUACCCUUUCCCGGUUUUAUAUUCACGAGCGUCAGGCAACCUACAGGGUUUCGGCUGCGCCAGGAUACUCCAUUGGAACUGAAGCCCUGCAUGGGAAAACUAGGAAUCAUUGUUUUAGGAACAUUUGAAAGUUCCUAUGUUUCCUGAAAAGAUUCCCAUUGUGACCCUUAGAAACAUUGUUGCGAGAAAAAAUCAGAAAGAUGUUUUGUUAUCCAAAUGUAUCUUUGUUAGGAAGAAAUGUAUCAUUUUUGUUCAACUUCGGGAAACGUGGUUUGGAAUCAAUCUUUUCACACCAAUGUUUCCAUGUUUACCUAGGGCUAAAGCUAAAUAAAUGUUAAAUAUCGCUCUGUACUGUCUAGUCUCAAACCGCAAUUCCACCAGUCUUGCUGAAGAAAGAGAUAAAUUGGUCAAAGAAGAUUCAAAUGAUUUGUUUCGUGAUUAUUAUCAACCUAAUGAAUUAUCUGAACUUGAUCUCUUGUUUUCAUUUAAUUUACCUUCUUCAUACAGGUAAGAAAUGUUAAAUGUAUUGAUCAAUCCUGUAUAAUGUUACUAUACUAAUCAAGCUAUCUGCAAAUUUAAUAAUUCGCACAUGCAGUGCAGCCAUGCAGAUACAGUAUGAAUGUGGUCUAUGCAGGCAUAACGUUCAAAAUCCCGUCCUCAAUAUCAAAUUUAUACAUAGUGAUAGAAAUUUGAUUCCUAUUUUAAUAAAACUAAUUUUUCAAGAUUAAGACUUUUCCAAACGUAUUUUCUGUAUCUUCUCUCCGAUAUGCACAGAUCUUGGAAAAAUGUUUCUGGGAUUCUGAAUAUCACAAUGCGUAUACUGUAUACAACUAUUUCAAUUAAGGUCAUUAAUUUUUUAGCGAUUCGCAGCAGCCUUUCGUGCUCGUAUUCGACUUUUCCGCUUUGCUCGAGGACAACCUUAAUUGAAAUAGAUGUAUAAUAUUAAAGAUUUUUGGUGGAUGGAAACUUCAACUAAGGUCCUGCGGCAGGGAUUGAGCCUGCGGCCCUGUAAUUCUGAUGCAACGCUCUGAACACUGAGCUGCAGACUACAGUUUCCAAUACAAGAGCUACUACUGUAACCUGCAUAGGCUAAUAUGUACACAUGUAUAUCUAUUGAAUCUUGUUGUUAAGGCAAAUGUUUCUCAAAAUCCCACCUAUAUAGCUCUACCUGUGAAGUAGACUGGAUAUAGCGCUUACUGUUUCGGAUACAGAGUUUAAGGGAGGCGCUCCUUAAAAAAAAAAAUUUAUCUGCCUUCACGCCAGAACUACGCAUUCCCAAAAUUCUGGAGACAGUGUUGAAAUAUACACAACUUGAACUUCAAAACUACUGUAAUAAAAAGUAAACAAUAAAUAAUAGAAAUCCACCAUUAGUAAAGGACCAAGUAUAUGGGGAAAUGUCUCUUGCUUUUUAUAAGACGCCUUCUUCAACUAUAAAAAUACCAGAUUAGUUUGUCCAUAUAAAGUACUAGCUGAUUUCCAGCUUCAUUUUUUCCACAAUGGAUACCCAAUCUAGUUUCAUUUCCAGUCCAGUGGGUCUGCCAAUGUCAGUGUAUUUAUAUUUUAGUUUACUUUCUAUUUUGCUAAGGUUGUUUAUGCCUGCAACUGAAAUUGAACCCAGUCCUUUCGUGGUGCGCGCAACUGGAGGAGGCACUGCCAAUCAGCGUCGUCCGUCAACAAAACCUUCAUCACUACAACGAGCAACAAGUCCGACUAAUGAAUACCUGAGUUCAGAUUCGGAUUCCAGUUCCACGUCAGAUUCAGAUAUCUUACCGAGUGGCAAGAAAGACUCUUAUACUAACAAAGGUGGAGUUCGCUUUGAGGUGAGUUAUUUUUAUCGUCAGUAGCUAUGCGGCAACGCCAUUUCACCCCAGCUUUUAGUGCAUGUGCCCUGCAGAGGAUGAGGGGAAAAUUCACAUUAGUGACUCAGGGUUGAAUAGAUAGGUGGAAAGAGUUUUUCUGCAGGUUUCAUGAUCAUACAUGGAUUUUAUUUCAUUAUUAAGUGUUCUUUGGACUUAAUUAUGGUUCGGCGAUUUUCCCCCUGAUUCCCGGAACUUUCAUGAGAAAUAUGCGUUUUUCCUCCAGUAAAUAUAAAUAUGGGGAGCAACGAAGGACGAGGUGUGUAGAAAAUACAAGGUUUGACAACUAAAACGUGUAUUUGGCCUUGAAUAAUGCGAUAAAAGAAACUCCACAACCUGAACAACGCCCGUUACUCUUUGCGUCCAACUGAUAAACACUAUAUUAUGUAAGCACUGUAUAUGUUUGUAAAUAUAACUAGAACUUCGAAAUACCUUCGCUAAAUGAACGAGUCAGAACAGCCUAUAGAAGGAUGCGGAAUCGCAACUGCUUUGAACGUAGAGAAUCGAUUGUGUUGUCUUGAUUUUUAUUGUCUACAGCAAAUAUUCAUACAAACUGUCAAACUAUUUGAAAUCCUGAUGAAUCGGAACAAAAUAAGGGAAGCUGAAGCGCGCUAGAGGGAUAUAGCACCUCUCCAAAUUCAAGGUCUGUUUAUUGCAUAUACAUGGAAACCAUGCACGCAUAAGUUACAGUGUUAAUUGCAAUGAGAAGAAAUGUAAAAUUUUGUUCCAUAUCCAUAGCUUCCUCUUCUACAUUCAACAGGAUGUCUUCUCGAAUAUGAAAGAUUACUACGGGGUUAAAAUUCUUGAACCAAACAAGACAUCACGGGAAAAGUAUCAAAGGUAACUAGUUAUUUGUCGUGCAAUCUUGAACAUUGACAACCUGCUCUGGAGGAACAUCCGUAAUGAUCUACUAGUUUCCCAUUCAGGGGAGUCAUAUUUUGUAGUGAUCUCAAGUGAGCAUGAUUUGAGGGGGGGGGGGGGGGUGAUAAUAAAUGUGAUUCACUGAAAAGGGGGCGGAGGCUAGAGCACUUAUUAGCUAAGUAGCUAGGGCACUUAUUUAAGAGAGGGGCCUGAUUUGAGAGUGAGCUAAAUAGAGUAUGUAGUAUUUUGGCGCGGUAAUCGUUUAAUCGUUAUGCCAACAUUAAUCAACAUUAUGUUGUAAGGAUUCACCUCAUGACUAUCCGAUAUCUUUGGAGUACUAAAUUCUUCGCAUUUAAUAGUGUGUCGCAAUGAAGAGAUUUUUGUGGUCCGAUGUAUGUUUUGUAAUUACUAAUUAUCAUGUUGUUACGUUUCCAAAAUUUCAGUUUUGUAGCCAUUGAACGCAACGCUAAUAACCCUGCAGGAGGAACGAUUGACGUCCUAUGGGAGGAAAGGUAUAUAUUUAUACUGUACGUUCACUUUUGAAACCUUAUCCCGUCUAAUACCUUACCACUGAGUGAAGUAGGUUAUUGUAGGUCGAGGGAAGGGUAUUUACUUGGGUAGAUUGACUAUCCUGUGCUUGAAAACUCGUGUACUGUAAAUAGAGUUUGGUAGAUACUUAUGCAUGUGUUCGAGGUCUUCCACCAGUCCAGUACAGACAGCAAAUAUUGUCUUGACAUUUGACAAGUUUUCCUUGACAAGUUAUGUUUGCUCGUGUGUACGGCAAAAAAUUGAUAUUUGUUCCUUGCCAAGGAGCCUUGUUCCAAAGCUAUAGUCACGCCAGCUUUUUGGACAAAGAAAAUUUGUUCGUGUGUACAGCUGCCAAGGAAAACUUAACAAGUGUGUACAAGAAAUACAUUUUAAUUCGUCUCACUUGUACGAUUCGAUGUUAGUGCGCGCAAUGGAUUAUCGUUAAAUGUAGACUUGUCCGCUACAGCAAGCACUUGUAAAUAUUCACCCUUCCGAAAAGUACGUCAUAUUGGUUAUUAGAGGCUCGUUUUCAUAAGUGGUGUACUGUCCGGAAGGAUGUAUAUUAAUGUGUUGUUAUGACUGCUUUAACAGAGAUAAAAAAGAAACCACGCAAAAGUUUGAUCAUUCCUGGAAACCAUCUAAGUUAACUGUCUCCUGUGCUCUGAUGUAUGAGAUAUAUGUGGAUAACAGCUGGACGGGUGAUUAUACUAUUAGUUCGUUCAGUAUGGCAAAAUAUAAAUCUUUCUUCAGUAGUUAUAGUACGGCAUAAAACUUAUUGGGUAAGCUAGAUAAUGAAAUUAUAUAUCCAAGAAAUAAUUUAUGCAUGAAAUAGAUAAAUAAAUUUUAAAUUCUACAAGUAUAAUUAUGUGAAUUAUUUGUACUAAAGAUGGUACUAGGUAGCAAAGACAAAUAAAAUGCUGGGUAACCUUAAAAGAAAUCUUGGAAAUUACAGUACCAACACCCAACUCAGGUGGACUUUAUAUUUGACGCUGGUAAAAUCUCAGCUUACUUAAGGAAACGACGUUUGGUUCCCUAAUAGCAGUUAUCUCCUAAAAAGACAAAAUCUUUAUAUUAGAAUUAUGUAGGACAGACACUUUCGAAUCUAACAAUGUAUGAUGCUAAUCAGUGCUAAUAAUAUUAUUAUCACAUUAUUAGCACUGAUGAAGAUCCGGGCUUACGGAUCGAAAGCUUUGCAGUAAUAAAUUUACGUGGUGUUUCCACAAACAAAACUAUUAUAUGCAAAGAUAUUGUUAGACAUUUUCACGGUAAUAUAAUACAUUCCUAUUGUGUUAAUCUUUUUUUGCUCUUUACAACUUUCUCUUGGG